AUGAAGCUGCUCUACACCAUCAUCCUGGGCCUCCUUCCACUGGCACUGGCCGCCCAGUCGCUCAAGUCCGUGAUCGUCACGUUCCCCAAGGGCACACCCGCCAGAGUCAUCGACCAGGCGAAGGACUCGCUGGUGGCAUCUGGCGGCGUCAUUACUCAUGAAUACCUACGGCUAUCUCAGUCUAUGGCCUUAAUUAACCCCAGAACUAACGUUUUAUCUAGUGGCUUUGCUGCCGAGGCUCCGGCGACUGCUCUUGAAACCAUAUCGACGCAAUCCGAAGAGUACAAGCCUAUUAUCGAGGAAGAUCAGGUGGUCUCCGCGAACGGGAACUAA